UGAAAAUAAAAACAUAUUUAUAAAAGAGUCAAAAGGUAGCAAAGAUUCUGUCUGCACCGAAGCAGUUGCCGGUCGCCGGCAAUUUCAUAUUCUUUGUUCGGAUGAAAUCUUCAAAGUUCAAAGAAUCUCCAUUGCAGUUUGGAGUUCUGUAAGAGAGAGAGUAGACAUGCACAUGACGACCAUCAGAGUCCUCUGUCACCUUACCGGAGUCAAAGAUCUUCUUCUCUUCCUCUCCACAAUCUUCAUUUUUUACCUUCUUUACCUCCUCCGCCACCUCCCCAUUCCCACCGCCACAACCGCCGUCACCACCAUCACCACCGCCACCCCAUUCCCUUGUGCCGCCACCGCGCCAGUCUCCCUCUCCCAAAUUCUCUUUUCCGUUGCCGGCUCCUCUCCUUCCUUCCCUCGCCGCACACCUUACCUAAACCUCUGGUACAAUCCCAACUCCACAAACGCCGUCGUUUUCCUCGAUAGGCCCAAUCGCUCCUUACCCGGACCGCCCGUUUUCAUCUCAUCCGACACUUCCCGUUUCCCUUACACCUUUCCCUCCGGCAGAAGAUCAGCAAUCCGCGUUGCUCGCGUCGUCAAGGACACUUUGGACCUCGAAUUGAAGUCAAAUUUCGAUUUCUCUGAUAUUCGUUGGUUCGUGUUUGGGGACGACGAUACCGUGUUCUUCGUCGACAACGUGGCGAGGAUUCUCUCCAAGUAUGAUGAUCGGAAGUGGUAUUACAUUGGGUGCCAUUCCGAGAGCUACGAGCAGAACGAGAAGCACUCGUUUGAUAUGGCGUUUGGAGGGGGCGGGUUCGCCAUUAGUGCUCCUCUGGCUAGGGUUUUAGCUAGGGUUUUGGAUUCUUGUCUGUUCAGGUAUCCCCAUUUGUAUGGUAGUGAUGCCAGGAUCUUUGCUUGCUUGGCUGAGCUUGGAGUUAGUUUGACUCAUGAACUAGGGUUUCAUCAGGUUGAUGUCCGGGGAGAUAUUUUCGGGAUGCUUUCUGCACAUCCAUUGGCAUCUGCAGCAUCCCUUCAUCACUUAGAUACUGUGGACCCGAUUUUUCCAGGAAUGUCUAAAAUUCAAGCUGUUGAGCAUCUUUUCGAGGCUGUUCGUGCUGAUUCGGCUCGGAUACUGCAGCAGAGUGUUUGUUAUGACCAUUCCAACGUGUUCACUGUUUCAGUUGCCUGGGGUUAUGCUGUUCAGGUGUUCCAAGGGAAUCGCCUUCUCCCGGAUCUCCUCCAAUUGCAGAGAACAUUCAGACCUUGGAGGAGGGGUGGGAAGGUGUUCUCGAGCCAUUAUAUGUUCAAUACUAAAGAUUUCCCUAGUGAUCCAUGUGAAAUGCCGGUUAUCUUCUACUUGAAUAGCGUUCUUUCUCAUACAAAUGGAUCCUGGACCACGUACACAAGGCACGGUGCUUGGAACUGUGAAAGAAACACUGCAAUGAAGGAAUUGGUUAAUGUCAAAGUCUUCUCGGGGAGGCUGGAUUUUGAUGUUGGACAGCUGAAGGCUCCUCGUCGCCACUGCUGUGACAUUUCUUCACGAGUUAAUGAAACACUGGUUAUUGGCAUUAGAGAAUGCGGGGAAGAUGAACUUAUCAGAAUGCAGACAUAGAUUUCACUUCAACACCAUCAUCCACCUAACCGAAAGCUUCCACAGUCUCUAAAGGACACAGCACCAUGAGAUCUCUGUGCCCAAAUUUAUGUUGUAUAAGGGAUGCUGGGUUUUCACAUCUUUGGUCAUGCACCAUGAUUCCAUAGUUUGGUGGAUAAGUGCUAUUUCUCUCAAAAGCAAGACUGAGCUUCACUUCCCUAGUAAACCUUGGAAGCUUUGUUCAGAUUACCUCUUAAGUUUCUUUGCUCGGCCUCUGCUAUUUUCAAGGAUAGUGAAGACAUUUGAUCCACAACCAAGGCCUUUACCACCAGCUGGUAUUUGUAACUUGUAUACUUUAUAUAUGAAGAAAUUUCAAUUUGUGUACUCUAAUGAUUACGCCAUCGUGUGAUACUCA